CUCACACAAAAUGUCACGAACUCUUUUAUAUUAGAGGACAUGAACGGUAAAUCUCCAUAGCGAUCACAAUAGAAACAAAAUGGCGUCGAACGGGGAGACGGAGAAGUACUACCUUGAAAAGGAGAAAAUAGCUGUUGACUCUGAUGAUGAGUACACGUAUGAGGAAGUACCAGUGGACGAAGACUUUCUAGCAGCUGAUCUCCAUGAAGACUUGGACCUAGCAGUGCAAACAAUCCAGGAUGUGGAAGAGGACAAGCAGGCAGGGAUCAAAAAAGAUUCUGCCCCUCGUGCCUCUGUCACCAAACGAGAAGAGGUGGUGGAUGACUAUGUGCGGAAUUUCUUGGUACGAAUGGGAAUGAACAGGACACUGGAUAGCUUCCAGACAGAAUGGUAUGAGCUUCAGCAGAGAGGACUUUUACAUGAGGAAGAUGUUGGUGUGGUACCCGACAUUUAUCUCCGUAACCAGGACCUGGACAACGAAGUCAAGUUCCUUAAACAGGAGGUCACCAAGUACAGAGAAGCUGCCAUGAAAGCCAAGGAAACCUAUGUGAAGCUGAGGAAGGAGAGAGACUACCAUAGAAUGCACCACAAGCGAGUUGUACAGGAGAAAAACAAGCUCAUUAGUGAUGUUAAAAGAUUGAAGCGUCACUAUGCCCAGUACGAACCAACACUGCAGCAGCUGAAGAAGAAGUAUGAAGUUGCCAUGAAGGAGAAGAUGUUGUCCAAGCUGGAGAAGGAUAGAGCUGUGGGCCAGGUCACAGGAUUACAGAGCACACUUAAGUCCAUGGAGUCUUUUAAAGGUGGCUCAGCCAAGCAAAGCAAUGGUAAGAUGGGGUCUGGAGAACGACGUAACUGGCAUGUUGACGCUGAGGGGCGUGGCCCCACACAGAAAGCCCUGGCCCAGGAGCACAGUCGCACAUCACUGCCGGAUGUUCAGAAUCUUCCUGAGGAUUUCAAGCGUCAUCCAGAAGACUCGGAAUUCCCUGCUGACACAGGUGUGAACCCCUUCCUGGCACAGAUUAAGGCUCCGACUGGUCAUUUGUCCAGGGCUGGAGGAUUCCGACUUUCCAACACAUUCCAGGCACAUUCUCAUCCAAUCAGCGAUGUUGCCCUACACCCAAGGAAACAGAUUCUGGCCACCAGUAGUGAUGACCAUACAUGGAAGAUGUGGGCAGUACCGAGCGGUGACAUCAUCAUGACAGGAGAGGGCCACACAGACUGGGUGUCAGGCUGUGAUUUCCACCCAUCGGGAUCUAAACUAGCAACCUCCAGUGGUGAUUCUACAGUAAAAAUCUGGGACUUCUCCAAGGCUGAAUGUGUACAUACAUUCACAGAUCAUACACAUGCAGUGUGGGGAUGUUCUUGGCAUACCUGUGGGGACUUCCUCGCUUCCUGUUCUAUGGACAACACAUCCAAAGUGUGGGAUCUUAACAGCCUGAGGUGUCGUUUCACCAUGCGGGGCCACGCGGACUCCGUCAAUAGUAUAGAAUUCCUACCCUACUCCAACACACUACUCACAUGUUCUGCUGACAAAACUAUAUCUCUGUGGGACGCAAGAACGGGACUUUGUGCGCAGACAUUCUACGGGCACAUGCAUUCUGUGAACUAUGCUUCAUUCAACCUCCGAGGAGAUACAGUGGGUUCAUGUGAUUCUUAUGGUAUUGUAAAAUUAUGGGAUAUUCGUGCUGUUGCUCCAAUGGUCAGCUUUGAUACUGGACCCCACCCGGCCAACAGAGUAUCUUUUGACCCCUCAGGUUCAGUUAUGGCCGUGGCAAGCAAUGACAGCACCGUCAAGAUGUAUGAAAUCUCCAAUGGCAGAGUGAGUCCUCUGAUCGGACAUGAGGAUGCUGUCCAGUGUCUGAUCUUUGACCGCAGUGGAGAGUACAUGGUGUCCGGAGGAAGUGACUGUACGGUCAGAAUCUGGUCCUAGGCUGACCAGAAAAUCUGGCUCAUUAACAUUUUAUAAAUAAAACUGUGAAGGACAUUUUAAAUGUAGGUCAAAAGCGUCAUUUCUUUGAUGCUCGUCAACUUGUUUGUCAUCUUCUGUCAGAUAAUACCAUUAAAGUUGGACUUAAUGUACAAUUAUUACUGUUCAUUAUAAGUAUACUAAGAGAAGGUUAAUGAAGAAGGGGAUAUUUUUUGGACUGCUGAUAUUUUGACAUGGAUCAAUUAAUCUACAUGCGGAUAUCCGAGAAAGCCGAAACAAACCAACAUACAAAUAUUGUACAACUUGUUCCGUGUAGACAAGUAGAGUGGAGGAUGAGCAGUAGAUACCACAUCACCAAUGGUUAUAGUGGUACAUGGACUAUAGGUUCGACCCACAAACGUAUCAACUUGGAGUCAUCAAAAAUAUAAAUUUGAAAUCAGAAAUAAGAAUUGAAUAAGCUUUUAUGUUAGAAAUAUUUGUCAGUAGUUGUAUGUGUCUGUAGAACAUACUUGUAAAUUAUAUUGCAUCAGACAUAUACAGUGCUUUUGUUUAAUUAUUAAGAUACCAUUGAUAAUGUGAUAUUUUGAAAGUUCCUUAUAAAUUUUUGUAAAGAAUGU